AUGUCAGAAGCAUCUUCUCCUGAAAAAAGAGGUUCCAACGAUGACAGACCGCAAUUCGACGAUCCAGCAGAUUUGAUCAAUGCCGUGAUAUCGACUCUUCAAACUCCUGAAGAAAAAACCUACGUUUCGCAGAACUAUUCCAAUGUCAAAAACACCGCCACGGAAGUACAAGCAUACGCAAAGAUUGCAGGAUGUGAUUGGACAUUCUAUGUUAAAUCUUUAGCCGUUAGCAUAGGAAGAAAUACUGAGGGUGCAUCGACCAACCAGUCGACAAUUGAUAUCGAUUUAGGUCCAGCAAAAGUGGUGUCACGAAACCAUGCGAACAUCACCUAUAAUUUGGAACUGAGGUGCUGGGAACUAAAGGUAUUAGGACGCAAUGGUGCUCGUAUAGACGGUACCAAGAUCCCUGUUGGAGAAUCACACGCCACUCCCUUGCAUUCUGGUGCCAUUAUCGAUGUUGGUGGCACACAAAUGAUGUUCAUCUUACCUGAUUCACCUCCAACAAUAAGCGAGAAAAUGUUAAGCAUUUGUUUGGCCAAAUAUAAGGCUAAUUUAGCAAAAGUUGCAAAGCCAAACCAAUCUGGUUACCCCCAGCAACAUACCAUUCCAGUGGUCAAUCAUAGAGCUCCAAGCUUUCAAAUGUUCGACAAGGCCCAUUUGACUCAAUCUCCCUCAGCACUCUCUGCCACCUCGCUUCAAAGCAACCUCGACCAGGACCUUUCUAAAGAAGAGGCCAAAGAUAUGAAACCCCCAUAUUCUUAUGCCACGAUGAUCACCCAGGCGAUAUUGUCCAAUCCUGAUGGAGUCAUGUCAUUGGCAGAGAUAUACAACUGGAUUGCCUCUCACUACGCGUACUAUAAAUACUCAAAAACUGGUUGGCAAAACUCAAUCAGACACAACCUCUCGUUGAAUAAAGCUUUUGAGAAGGUCCCCAGACGUCCUAAUGAACCAGGAAAAGGAAUGAAAUGGCAAAUUAGUGAAUCCUACAAAGAGGAGUUCAUGAACAAAGUGCAAAGUGGCUCACUUCUGAAAUCGAGGCGUGGAUCCUCUGUUCUGAGACAGUUACAAUUGCAUCUUGCAACCCAUCAACAAUUACCUGAAUCAAACAGGUAUCACCUGAAGGAUAACACUUUUAGACAUCAAAAGUCAAUGUCAAUGGACACCGAUCUUGCCCGCAAACAGAUGCUUCCUAAAUUGGGGCAACCAAUGCAGUAUUCAAUGAGUGGUAAUAAUUACAUGCCACAACAAGCAAACUACACAAACAACAACGCGGUUCCUUACCAACCUGACCAGUCACAACAGAUGUUCUAUGGUGCGACAAAUCAAAGUUUUCCUUCCCAGCAAAACUUCGGUGUGAAGUCUGAAUUAUCGUCACCGAUCAGGCAGUUAGGGGAGUUUGGUAACACUCCAAGAGCAGGAAAUAAUAACGUGUUUAAUCUUCCUCCUCCGUUACCUUCCACCACUGGAGCGGUAUCUUCCGCCCCACAAGCCCAUCAUUCGCGGCUGAACUCCUAUAAUCAUGGAAUUCAAGAUCAGUCUUACCCAAACUCCAGCAAUGAGUCCAAUCAAAAUUCAAAUCAUAUGUCAGCUUCACUCACUCAAAAUACUUCAGAUCUCGGUUUGAGCUUCACAAGUCCAAAGAAGAUUACUCCUCUUGAGGCGUUCACUCCAGAAAGAGGAACAAAACCAAACUCUCACCGGCUUGGAGUCCCCAAUGGUACUAACACGAACCAAUCUUCCCCGGCGUUCUGGAACUUCGUUCAAUUCAGUACCCCCAAUGGUCCCUCGCCGAUGAGGAAAAACAGCGAUGAAACAAGUCAAGCGUCGCCAACUCUUGGUAGAAGAAAAGGGCCGAACGAAGACAAGGAUGAUUCGCCAUUAAAGGACGGCAAUGACGAGCCCAAAACCAAAGAGAUCAGCAUCUAA